CAGCAACAUUUAUCAACCGACUCUCACGACCGUUGAACGGUGGUAGCUAUCGAGAAUCGUCGAGUUAUCUUUGUUUUUCCUUUCUAACAAUUUACGUCCGUUGACAAAAACAUGCCGCCGAAAGUAAGUGGGAAAGCUGUGAAGAAAGCCGGCAAAGCUCAGAAGAACAUCAGCAAAGCUGACAAGAAGAAAAAAAGGAGGAGGAAGGAGAGCUACGCUAUCUACAUUUACAAAGUGCUCAAACAGGUGCACCCUGACACCGGCAUCUCCAGCAAGGCGAUGAGUAUUAUGAACAGUUUUGUCAAUGAUAUUUUCGAGCGUAUCGCCGCCGAGGCAUCGAGAUUAGCGCACUAUAACAAACGUUCCACGAUCACUUCCCGGGAGAUCCAAACUGCCGUGAGGCUCCUUUUGCCGGGCGAAUUGGCCAAACACGCAGUAAGCGAAGGUACUAAAGCAGUUACCAAAUACACCAGCUCCAAGUAAGAAGAAACAGCUUGCCUACAAAACAAAAUGGUCCUUCUCAGGACCACCACGUAUUAUGUUAACGUUGGAGCCUCCUUCGAUUUGCAACUUGUAACUUGCCAAUGUACAAAUAUUUGAAAAGAUCAUUAAUGACCAACCUGUAGCAUAAGAUAGGAUAUAAUGUUGAAAGUAUUUGCGUAUACUGUGAAGUUUAAAUGAGAAUUUCAUACUUUUUACGCUGUAAUAAAAUUUAAUAUUAGCUGUCGAUGCAGAAUUAAAAUUUAUAUUAUACCACGAUUUAUGGUUAGUCAUUUUUUUCUCGGAAAUGCGCGAGCAAAUAAACUGUAAACAAGUAAGUUUCCAGUAAAUAUAUAAAAUAUAAAAGGUUUAAAAUUUAUAGAUGUUUAGAAUUUGAAGUACACGAAUUUUUAUUAUCGCAUAACUUGACGCAGUAAAAGAAUGAUAUUCUGCAUCAUGAA